GUUGCUUAAGCGAUAUUAAUCAUAACAAGAAGUCUUUUCAGAUUUACUAUGCCACGUGGACAUUUCAAGCGUCCGCGAACAGCUGAACUAGUGGCUUGGUUAGUUUCGUUUGAGCUCAUUCAAGGCUUGUAAGAAUCGCUAGGCCACCAAGCUCAAUGAAAAGACAUUUUCGUUUUUAUUUCGUGCGAGCAAGCGUAACAUUGCGAUUUAAUCAUACCACUAACUUGAGCCAUCACCAUCUCAAUACCCAUCUUUGGAGGUGCCAUUUUCUGAAGAUGACUUUCAGUGUGACUUGUUUGUUGGCAGCAUUUGACCGACAUACCGCAAGAUGACGUGGUGUGAAGCGUCAUUGUCAUAUGCAAAUAUGUCAGGCUACAAGUAAUCGAGGAACUCAACAUGUAUGCACUGAUUCACUGCAUAAUUAUGUAUGCGAUGUUGAAAGCAGUGUGUAUGCAAGGGGAACAAGGCUUGAAAAACAACAGCAAUCCCCACGAUGAUUUUGAUUGCAAGAGGGGCAACACAAGCCUUGUAGAUGCUUCGUACAUACCCAAUGACUUGCCAAAUUAUGACCGGAUCCAAGAGUGUCAAAAACGCCUUGGUCCACCAAAGAAGGGGGAAAAUGUGCAGUACCCAAGACCAUGUGCUAUGCAGGUGAAUGUAAGCAUGGCUUUCAUCGACUUGGUCGCAGUUGAUGUGAUGGAGCACAUGAUAAUGAUGGUGAUAACUUACCGCGAGAAGUGGAAAGACGAUAGAAUUAUUAUGCCCCCUGCGCUAAGAAAAUCGUGUUCUGGGAAAAUACCUCAUGAGAAGAGUAUACUUCUGAACCCAGCGGACCGUUACCGUCAACAAAUUUGGACUCCCGACUUUUAUAUGAGGGGUAUCAUGGGAGCACGCACGUCAAAACUGUUACUGAAGACCGAAGCUGUUAUCUUGCACGAGAACAACAUGGUUGAGAAUGUUGUUACGAUCAAAUUCGCCAUCAUGUGCCCUAUGAAGUUUCAAGACUUUCCAUUCGACACUCAGAAAUGUAACAUCACAAUCGAGAGCUACGGGAAUUUUGCAGAAGAUCUAGCGAUCGUAUGGGGCUCUCGCAAAGUUAAAGUUCUACCACAUUUUACAUCCGGCAGCUACAGAGUGUCAGUACAAACCCAUGAGCCAUCUGGUGUCUUCUACGGUAAAAAUGUAUUCCCGCAGUUGAUCCAGACGGUCAUGUUCCGAAGAAGACGCUUCAAGUAUCUGCUUUUGAUUUACGUCCCCAGCUCCCUCCAUUUUUUCAUAGCGUGGCUGGCAUUUUUUCUGCCAAAAGAAGUGUCUCAAGGGCGUUGCAUUAUCAGCUGUACAACAAAUUUAUCGCUUGUGAGCAUGCUUUCCAUAUAUAUGCGCUACAGUCCUCACGGCGGAUACGUAAAGGCGCUGGACAUGUGGGUGUUCUGCUCCAUCGUGCUUCAGUUCGCCUGCACACUGGAUUCCAUUGUUGACAUCCGGCUGUUGUACUUGGCCACCGGUAUCAAGCGGCGGCCGAUGGAGGCCAAUACGGCUGAAGUGUUGGACUUAGUGACCGACACCUCGCACUGGCUAGGGCGCGAGGUGCGCUUGGUGGAGACGGAGGACGAGGGUGGCACCCUUGCUGGCGCCGCCCGUGACCUGCGCACCGUCGCUCACCUCUCGGCCGGCCUGGCGUCACGAACACACGUGGCCGAGGCGGAGGAGACGAAGCCGCCGGCCGCCAGCGUGUCAGGAGAGCAAACGACCUCCGCUGAUGAGACCGACCCCGGCGUGUCAACCACCCGAGGGUCCCGGCACGCGUCCUUUGCUGAUGAGACUGAGGCCGGCGUGUCGACUACCCAAGGGUCCCGACACGCGUCUUUCGCUGAUGAGACGGAUCCCGGCGUGUCUACCAGCCAAGGGUCCCGGCAGGUGUCCUUCGGAGCGGGUACAGAGCCCAUACCGGAAGGCGAUGAGCAGACAAGCCGGUUCAGCCAAAGUUACUAUCAGUUCCUCACCGCCGUCAUUGUUUACCAGGAGUGGUCACAGUACACAUAUCUGGCCGCAUACAUGGUGUUCCUGGUCGUUUACUGGUGUAAAUAUGUGCCUGCUAUUAAUUAUUUGCCAUCUGUGCAAUAA